AUGGGGGAGCGCCGCGCCGCCGCCGCCGCCGGGGAAACUUCUUUGUGGCUCGUCACCCGCGGCGACAGCCGGAGGCUGCUACCGUGCCCGCUGACCCGGCGCCAGGGCCAUGGGGGCGCGCUGAGCCCGCCCGACCGCCCGCCCGCCGCCACCGCCCCGCUCCGCCUCGGCGCUGAGGGGAGGAGCGAAUCCAAUCGCAUCGAGCCGAGUCGAGCCGCGCCGCGGGAACCCCUGCCCGCCCCUUCCCGCCGCCUCCACCAUCAUCAUCACCGCCCUUUUGCUUUCGCUUUCCCUGCGGCGGCCCCCGGGGCGCGGCCUGGGGGUGUCCCGGUGCCCGUCCGGGUGUGGCGCCCGCCUUACCUCCGCCCGCCGCCCCUCACCGGCCGCGGCUCCCGGGCACGGCGGCUGCGCAGCGCGGCGCGCCCCGGCCGCCCGCGGGCCGGAGGGGCGGCGCGGCCCCACAGCCCACCCCCGGCGGGACGCGGCCUUUGGCCCUCCCUCAGGAUUUCGGGCCCCUCAGGGCUGCGCGGGGCCGUGGCGGUCUGGGGUCCGUGCGCGACCAUCCCCUCGGUGCGCGCUGACACCGGGGGCCACCUCCGGGCCUCCGCGGUGCCGUGGCGGGACCGCGGCAUCCCUGGGGGGCUCAGCGGGGCGGGGAUGUGGCCGGGCUGUCACCAGCCCACGGGGACCGGGCGGCGGUGCGUGAGGGACCGCGCGGUGGCGAGGGCGCUGCCCCGGCCCCGCUGUGGCACCCCCGGCGGGCUGCCCGCGGCGUGGGACAGCGGCCCGGGGCAGCGCCGGCCUCCCGGGAAGCCCGAGCUGCCUGUCAGCCGGCGCUACUGCCGAGCAGCGCUCAGUCAGGUUGCCUUCAGCCGCCGGUUGCUGCGAUACCUAAGCCCCCUUGAACGAAUUUCAGCGUUUGACACCCCCUGCUUUGGUACUUCUUGCAUGCUGAACUCCCACUCUUUGCCUAAAAUGUAACCCCUCCUGGGCUGCCGCGUGUGUUGUAAUUGUAGCUAUUAAGGCCUUUGGAACAGGAAAGGCGUUCUACCGUAGGGUUACAUCAGCUGAAAUGAUUACUAAAAUUAAUAAUUUUGGAACCAAAUGCUAAAGUCUUCAGCUGAGUUUUUGCUCAUUUAUCUCAUUGUUUCCUUGUACUCUCCCAUCUGUCUCUCACCAUCUGCUCUCUCUUGCCUGGUGCUUGAGCUGGGAGCUCCUUGCAGAAGGGGCUGUGGAGCUCCACCACACCCAGCACAGUCCCAGGCCACGGCUGGGACUCCUCCCUCCACCGAUGCUAUAACUGAUUCCUUAACCUGCCUUGUGGUUCGGUCAGAUUAUCUGUAAAAUAAUCAGUUGAUUAUUUUACAGCCUGAUCUUUCAGGUUACCUUUGAAAAAGCCUGUUCCAAAAGGCACCACACAACAUGCUGAGGCGACUGCUGUGCUUCUCACAGGGCCCACAGCUUGUGAAUGCUAAGGAGCAGACAGAAAGCUGAGAAACUUAAAAAAAAAAUAAAAAAAUAAUCGGUCCUCUCUGGACACUUUUCUGAAACUACGUGGUGCCUAGACAGGAAUUUGGGAAGUCUGGAUUUUUGGCUUAAAUGGUGGUGGACUUAGUUUUGUGCAGAAGCUGUGGUGGGAGUUCUCCCAAGGGGUAUGUGAGGGGGGAGGCAGGGCUGACAGCUGCCACCAAACUAUGUGAAAACACAACCGGUAAAGUGCACAGUAAAGUGGUUGGCAGUGCAACUAUUCCCCAACAGGCAGUGAGAACACCAAAGCACCUGCAGGAGGGUAUUCCUUCAUGGUAGACUGUAAGGGUUUUACAUUCUUUCUGAAAGAAGAUAGUCACUGCUUUUAUUAUUAAUUUUGCAAUCAGUUUCAAAUUUCAUGUAGCAGAAAGGCAGUCUCAAAACAUGAACAUUUAUUAGACCUAAUAUAUACCUAAAGUCACAACAGUUUAAUCAAAAGCAUUGUUUUAUAACUGAUAGUUUUACAAGAAUACUCAGUAAUAAAUUUAUAGAUAGAGCAGAAAAUGCAGAGGGCAGUUUUAAAUGGGUAUUCAAGAUUAUACACACAGGUUGGACCCGUGUAACUCUUUCAAUGUCACUGUGGCAGUUUCUGUCUGUAGAUAAGCAAGCUGCAAAAAUAUAUUUAUCCACAGGAGAGGGGUUACGUGUGAGCUUUCACAGGGCAGACAGGAACCCUUCAGAAGAUGGCCUGCUGCAUGUGGAAAGAUUUCAGUUUCCAGUCUCUUUCAGCCGUUGCUCUGUCUGCUGAUUCUGCAAUUACAAGAUUAUGUGUGGUCUGUGAUUAGGAAACCUUAUUUAGGAAACCUUAACCUUGGCAACGGUUCUGGGACUACCAACUGAGUUCAGUUAUAAAAUGUCAUUUAAAAGAUUUUACUUUCAACUAAUGAAGAUGAAAACAAAAACAUGCAAUACAUUAUCAUUUUAAUAAAUACAUGUAUAAAAACUGUCC